AAUUCCACCUUGCUUCACUUUUACCUUAUUCUUCUUUCCAAAUUUCAUUCAUCUUUAACGUCAAAAACAAGCAACCCCUCUCUCCCUGCAACUUUUACCCUUUUUACGAUUCUACCCUCAACCACUGCUCUGUCAAAUUACGCUUCUACUCCUUCUGCUUCCUCUUUGCCGCUCACUGCAAAACCAUUUUCGAAUAAAGGGUACUUUUGUGAUUUCGAUCUUAUAAAGAGAGAGAAGAAGAAGCAGAAGAGAGAAGGUAUAAGCAGCCGUUUUUUCUGUUGGUAUAUGAAGGUGGUGAAGAAAGAAGAACAAGAAUGGUGUCCGACCAGGAUAUUGCAAAAGGGGUGGAGUCUCUGCUGCGUCACUCUGACCCCAACUCCAUAACCACUGUAAACGCCGUCGUUCAGCAGCUCGAGGCUAAACUAGGGUUAGACCUCUCUCACAAGGCCGCUUUCAUCCGCGACCAGAUCGACCUUCUUCUCCGCUCCCACCCACCGCGUGCAUUUCUUCCUCACUCUCCUCCUCUGCACAAAGACUAUUUCAAUCCUAUCCCCCAACACCACUUCCCAACCACUCACUUUCCUUCCCAUUUUGCCCUCCAUGACGAGAUCAACUUCCAGCACCCCAACCCUCCUCCACCCUGCAAAGUUGAUUCCUUUCCUGAAAAUGCUGCCACUGUUGCGGCACCUCCAGCGCCCAAAGUAAGUGUUCAAACUGGAGGCAAAAGAAGAGGUGGUGCUGGUGGUCUAAACAAAGUUUGUGGUGUUUCUCCUGAGCUUCAGGCAGUUGUUGGUGAACCUGCAUUGCCAAGAACUGAGAUUGUGAGGCAGCUUUGGGCGUACAUAAAGAAAAACAACCUCCAGGAUCCUGGUAACAAAAGGAAGAUAAUUUGUGAUGAUGCACUGCGUUUGGUAUUUGAGACAGACUGCACUGACAUGUUCAAGAUGAAUCAGUUGCUAGCUAAACACAUUAUCCCACUUGGUCCCUCAAAGGAGUCACAAGCUAAGCGAGUGAAGGUGGACGUUGAAACUAAAAUUGAAUGUGCCGAACCUGCUUCAUCCACCGUCGUAAUAUCUGAAGCACUUGCCAAAUUUUUGGGUACUGAGGGAAAAGAGAUGCAACAAUCUGAAGCCAUAAGACUUGUUUGGGAGUACAUCAAGCAUCACCAUUUGGAGGACCCUUUAAAUGCAAUGGUGAUAUUAUGUGAUGCAAAGCUUCAAGAGCUACUUGGUUGUGAAAGCAUUUCUGCUCUAGGAAUACCAGAGAUGUUAGCGCGUCAUCAUCUAUUUAAACAGUCAGACACCCACGUAAGCGCAUGAUCCGCAGAGAACCGUAGUUCUAUGUCUGUGGCUGUUGGUAGAUGAUAUAGGAACAUUUUACUUAUUCCUGUAACUUCCUUAAUCUUUUUGUAAACUGAAUGUUGUCUGACAGCAGUUAUUAGGUUCGUUGUUUAGAAUGACAAUGGAUACAUUGAGCUAGGGAAGAAGUAUAUUAUUGUAUUUAAGAUAUGGCCCUCUAGGUUGCCCCUGCAUUUUAUUUUAUCAAUUCUCAAUGUCUAACCUCAACUGAACUCCUUUUUGGAAUCACUAAUACUUUUUGUACUUUGAGUUACACCAACUACUCUGAAAGAAUGCACCUACUUAUUUUGCCA